GGAGGAGGUAAGGGUGGGAGCCUCUCGCUUGGAGUCACCGGGUUUGGUCGCCGGGAUGUGAAGAAGCCGGAGCGGCCGCAGCUGGACGCAGGCUGAGGAUCCCGCGGCUCCGCUGCACCAUGCCCUUCCCGCGCGUGCCGCCGCCGCCCGCCCCCGCCCCCGCCCCGGGGGUCCAAGCCGCGCUGCAGUUACCCCGGAGGCCCUGCGCCGCGGCGGACAAGAAGAAGAGGCCCCCAGAGCGGCCCGAGGGGCUCCUCUCCAGUUCCUGGCCCUCCGCCACGCUCAAGAGGCCGCCGGCCCGGCGCGGCCCGGGCUGGAACAGGACGCAGCCGCCGGCCCCUCCCGGCGUCUCCCCGCAGACCUCGCCCGGCCGCGCGCGGGCCCCUGCCAUGUGCACCACGCCCCGGACGACGGGCUUCGGCCACAGCCCGGCGAGGACCAGGACCACCUACGCGGGGACCUCGGCGGGGACGGGUACCACCGCCGCGGGGACCUCCUCGGGGCCGAGCGCCCGGCCCGACGCCGCCGCGCGCUUCUCGCUGAGCCUCAACCCCGAGGCCGUCCUGGUCAUCCAGAGGCGUGACCUGGAGGAGCAGCUGCUGGCGCGGCCCCGCAGGCCCUUCCCCUCGCCCUCGACCGAACCCAGGCGCCUACUCGCCCCCUGUCCCCGGGCCAGGGCAGCGGGCUCGCGGAGGAGCGGCCCCGCCAGCGACCCAGACACGCCCCCCGCCGCUGGCCUCGGCCGCCGCGCGCCUUGGCCCCGCGCCCCGCUGCUGACCGGCGGCCUGCAGGUUCCCCCGCUGAGCCCGCGGCCGGGGUCCCUGCGCCCAAUGCUCAAGGUGUCGCUGCUCAACGAGCGGCACAGGUACGACGACGUAGAGUACGAGGAGGAGGAGGCAGAGGCGCUGGACGAGGGCCUGGUGCGCAAGUGCACGGAGUGGCUGCGCGGCGUGGAGUCGGCGGCCGCCUCCCGGGACCGGGCCGGGGCCCUGGACGCGCGGCCGCACCUGAGCACGCUGUGAGCGCGGCGGGCCUGCGGGGUCCGGGCCUCCGGGGACGCGCCAGGCCUGAUCCCAACCAUAGGCUGCACUUGCCGCUCCGCCUGGGGGCCGUCGGGGGAGACCGCAGGCUCCUCGGGCCAGCGCCCACCUCCAGGACACCCGUGAGCAAGCCGGCCCGUGUGGGGCUCUGCCAGACUCGCCAGACUGCCACGGUCCCCCUCCUGCCCUAGCCAGCCGGCAGCCCAGGACUUUCUUGUCUACAUCGGUGUUAUCUACUCCAGAAGCCGCCUCUGCCCCACUCUGACCUCCCCUUGGCGCCCCCGAGUCCUUGCAGUUUGUGGGGAAUUAAGCAACUGUGAAAAUGCCUCUCGGCCCCUCCAACCCUAAGGUUGGUCUAAGUCCCAGAGACCCUCUGCCUGGAGGCGGGCCUUCCCCAGGGCUACAUCUGCACCCCCUGUGGAUGUCACCCUCGGCCGGUGCCAGGCACCCUGGACAGUGCAGCAGGCGAUGGCCCAGGGUGGGUGGCUGCGACGGUGGCCUCCUGCUGCAGAGCUGGGAUGCGGUGCUACGUUUGUGAUUUUGUUUCUCCCAAGUCAGAAAAGUGUUGAGGGUAUUAGCAAUUCCUGAAACUCAGCGAACCGAAUUUCCAGUCUCCAAAGCGGAAGGGUAGGCACCGCCAGAGCUGGUGAACCCUGGUCAAUGGGCGCUUCCAUGGAAACCGCUCCGCCGAUGACAUUUUUCUGUGUAUUAUUUGAAUAAAGAGUAAAACCCCUCUGCCGUUUCGUAACCAUACCCUUUCACCACUAACUAGAGGCUGAUUUCUACAUAUUUCUUCCAUGCAUCUGAGUAUAUCUAACUCAAAGGAUGAGAAGGAAAUAAAAUGGUAUAAUCAGAUAAGGCUGGUUUUAGAAGAGUAAUGUAUUACCUCAAUUUUUGACUGACUUUGUAAAAGCCAAUAACUGGUUUAAUGUUUAUCUUGAUAGACUUUAAAUGUGUCAAGUCUUAAUUGUGUUUUAAAUUGAAGCCUUACAUUUUAAAAAACAGAUUUUGUAUUUUUCUUGUGGAGAUCUUUGUUCUAAUAACUCUCUCUCUCUCUCUCUCUAAUUCUAGGCGCACAUUUAGUUAGAUGUGAAGCAUUUAAUUCAUUGGGAGCUAGGUCAGCUGCCAGAUGAGUUGCAAAAACAACAACAACAAAAAACGCACCCAUUGAAUAACUUCUCUGAAUCUGGAGAUAAGUUUUCUUUCAUUUAACAUGAAUAUAUUAAUACUAGAAGGGCGAAACUAGCAAUGCUUGCUGAAGCAGCAGUGCUGCUCUUGUUCCACUCCUACCCAGGUGACCUCUGAGUGCCGCGUCCUGGGCAGGGUACUUGAUCUGGAGAUGAGAGGGUGGGUCAAGAGAGAACUGACUCCAAGCCAAAGGCAGGGAGGGGAUCAGCUUGGUCUCAUCUUGCAGCUAGUGCAAAUACCAAUCAUUCAGAUGCCAGACCUCUGCCCUUGGUCACAGUAACAACAAUGUUUUGAAGACUUUUCCCUGGUGGUAUCCUAGAGGCAGUGAAUUUCUGCAGCCUGUCUGUCUUCAAAGAUGAGCCCCUGCUGCAGUGGGGCUGUCACGGCACCUGCGUGUCUCCCUGCCGUCGCUGUCAGCUGCUUUAUUUUGAUUUCCUUUCUUCCCUCGCCCUCUUUCUCCAGGCUCCGUGCAGGCAUCUCCUGUUCUUAACUGGCCGCAAUACGACACUAAGCACAUUUUUUUAUCAUUUGCAUUUAUUAAAUAGAAUGUGUGUGCCUUGUUCUCUACUUUAAAAGCAAAUGAGUGGAACAUUUGUUUCCCUGGUCAAGGAGCCUGAAAUAAAAACAAACCAAAAAAAAAAAAAAAAAAGGAAAAGAAAAUGUUCUACACAUGACACAUGAUGUCUCUUCAUUGCUGUUAAGGACAUUUCAAGAAAGUUUUCUAAAGUCACUAUGCUAUAAUUUCUUAAUGCUUAAAUAAAAGAGAAAUUCAAUGA